AAUCAAGAACAAACGGCGUUAAAUCUACGGAAGCACCCUGGGAAAGGGCAAAAAUGGGAAGCUGACGCCAAUAAAAAACGAAAAGAUCACGGAAGAUGAAGCCGGUGACGCAACCUCGACGGGCCCAGAAGCUGGCGCGUGGACGACAGAGUGAGUGAAAACACGACAUUUGUCUCGCCACCUCUCACUCUCACCCGCCAACUCUGCACCCAACCUUUUCAAACAAUCUUUUCAUUUUGUUUUAACACAUAAAUAUCGUUGUCGGAUUAUUAUUAUCUUAAUACUGGUAGUUUUGAAUUUCUUGCUACCUCUUUUCAUCUCAACCUACCCUGUUUCUCUCUCCAACAAAACUGCCACCUCCUCCAUGUAGAGAGAGAGAGAAGAAGAAGAAGAAGAAGAAGAAGAAGAAGAAAACAGUGAUAGAAAUCUGCAGUGCAGUGAUGAUGGAGACAAAAGGCGGGAAGAUGAUGAUGAGUUAUAAAGGGUGUGGGUAUGAAUAUUCGUUCAAGAUUCUGUUGAUAGGAGAUUCUGGUGUGGGCAAGAGUAGUCUGCUUCUAAGCUUCAUUUCUCAUCACUAUCCUCUCCAAAAUCCCUCCCCCACCAUUGGUGUGGACUUCAAGAUCCGGGUGCUAACCAUUGGUGGGAAAAGAUUGAAGUUGACGAUUUGGGAUACAGGUGGACAGGAGAGGUUUGGGACAUUGAUAAGCUCUUAUUAUAGAGGGGCACAUGGAAUUAUACUUGUUUAUGAUGUCACGAGGCGGGACACCUUUACAAACUUAUCGAAAAUCUGGAGGAAGGAGAUAGAGCGUUACUCCACAAAUCCAGAGUGCAUCAAGAUGCUAGUCGGAAACAAAGUUGACAGGGAUAACGAAAGGGCUGUGAGUAGAGAGGAAGGAAUGGCGUUUGCACAGAAACACAAAUGCCUGUUUCUUGAAUGUAGUGCCAAGACCAGAGAAAAUGUGCCCCAGUGUUUUCGAGAUCUUACUCUCAAGAUACUAGAGGUACCAAGCUUGUUAGAGAAAGGAUCCAAUGUUGUGAAGAACCAAAUUUUGAAACAAAAGGAAAUCGACGAAAACAAAAGCAAAUGUUGUUCGUGAUUCGACUUUAAUGUGUGAUGCAGACUACUGUUUAGAAGAGGGAAACAAAAUGAUCCUCCAUUUUUGCUGGGGAAGAAGAUAUAUAUCUAAAGAAGACAAAAACUUUUGGGCUUGGAUGUUCAGAUCUGACCUGUUUCUCUCCUGAAACAUCAUGGGAUAAGAUCAUUUCAGGGAACAGAGAUCAUAUUUGUGUACAUUUUUUUUUUGUUUGAUUUCUUUAAUGUUCAGAACACAUAAAAUAGAUGACUACAGCUUAUAUCAUCAGGAGAUACAAUACUGGUUUGAAUGAAAACAGUUCUCUUGGCAGAA